CACUUCUCACCGUCGGAUGACGAUAAAGAAAGAAGCUCAAAAAGGUUAAAAAUCAAUUUUCUCCUCAUUUAUUUAUUUCCUCUUUCCCGCUCUCUCUGUUCUCAUCUCCCUUCGCUGUCGCUCUCUCCGGAUAACUUCCGACUCAUCCUCCAUUACUACCAGAGACUGGAGCUGGAGAAGAAAAGGAUAAUUUAUGGGGGACGGCGCAGGAAGAGAUUUGGAAUGCCAGAAGAUUAUGGAUGGGAAGGCGAGUAACAGGAAUGGUUCCAAGAAGGCUAUUCCUUCUUGUUGCUUGAAGGCCAGGGCUUCCGCACCUGAGCUUGAGGCAAAAUGCCAUUCUACUGUUGUUUCUGGGUGGUUCUCAGAAUCUCAGUCUUCCUCUGAUGCUGCUAGCAAGAGAAUUUACUUCAACAACCCUAUGUGGCCUGGAGAAGCCCAUUCUCUGAAAGUUGAAAACAUUUUAUUUAAGGACAAAUCAAAGUACCAAGAGAUACUUGUUUUUGAGUCUUCGACUUAUGGGAAAGUGCUUGUUCUUGAUGGUAUAGUUCAGUUGACAGAGAAAGAUGAAUGUGCCUAUCAGGAGAUGAUAGCUCAUCUUCCACUUUGUUCAAUUCCAUCUCCCAAAAAUGUUCUGGUUGUUGGAGGUGGUGAUGGUGGUGUUCUUAGGGAAAUUUCUCGCCACAGCUCUGUGGAGCAAAUUGAAAUUUGUGAAAUAGAUCAGAUGGUUAUAGAUGUAUGUAAAAAAUUUUUCCCUGAGCUAUCAGUUGGAUUUGACGACCCUCGUGUCCAGCUACAUGUUGGUGAUGCUGUUGAAUUUCUGCGGCAAGUUCCAGAAGGGAAGUAUGAUGCAAUUAUUGUUGAUUCAUCAGACCCUGUAGGUCCAGCUCAAGAGCUUGUAGAGAAACCAUUUUUUGAUACCAUAGCUAGAGCCCUAAGGCCUGGUGGUGUCCUUUGUAAUAUGGCUGAAAGCAUGUGGCUUCAUACUCAUCUAAUACAAGAUAUGAUCACCAUAUGCCAUGAAACAUUCAAAGGUUCUAUCCACUAUGCAUGGGCAAGUGUUCCAACAUAUCCAAGUGGAGUCAUUGGUUUCCUGAUAUGCUCCACAGCGGGGCCACCUGUUGAUUUUGUGAAUCCCAUCAAUCCUAUUGAGAAACUAGAAGGAGCUAUAAAGCACAAAAGAGAACUUAGGUUUUAUAACUCUGAGGUAAGUGCUCAUUUCUUUUAGUUUUCAUUCUUCUUCUACGGGCAACUUAUUUUUUGAUACUACUCUUAAAUGCUUGAUUGGAACCAUAAUUAUUUGCUGAAUGUCCAUUCAGGAUUUACUAAAAAAGAGGAAUGUGUCUUUAUGCUCUGAAGUUGAUGUAUGCUGAUGUGUGGCUUUGUUGCAUUGUUUAACAUCUUUAUUUUUAUUUGAUCAAGAAUUCUUAAAAUUGUGUUUGUGCCUGCAGUGGAAAUCAGUUGCCAGUUUCUGUUUUUGGUUAUUGUUUACAAAAUCUUGCAGUGAUACUAAUUGGUGCUGUAGAUGCCCAUUUUGCUAUGCAGUUAUCCAUAAUCAUAUGAAAUUUAAAUAAAUAUUACAAGUUUGUGGCCUUGCAAAUUCUUGUGGUGGAACUGUGACAACCUUUUUGUUGUGUUCUAUUGAUAGAUGCACAAAGCUGCUUUUGCGUUGCCAACAUUUCUGAAGAGGGAGGUGAGGUUACCUUGCGAUUCUGCAACCCCAGCAGGAGGAAUUUGCGUCUCCUAGCCAAUUUAGCAACUACUAUUUUUCUUUGAUUGCUGGCAUACAUUGAUAGACUGUAGAUGAUUAACUCUAGGUGCUAGACUCUAGCGAUGAGCUAUAAUCUAGCAUUAAUUACAGUUUCUCCCAACAAUUAAUCAGCUGAAGACAUGUUAUUAUCUGCUUAUUAUAUGUUGGAAUGUGUUUGGAGUCAUAAAGUGAUGCUCUGCACUUGGUGAUGGAGAAAACUGGAAAAAUAAGGUAAACAAAAGCUUUAAUCAAAUCCGUGUUCCUUGUUUGAA